AUGGAAAAUUUCCGAGGUAUAGCCGAUGAGUCGUUUCCAAGCUUCUUGGCGAAUUCUCUUGCCAGUGAAAACAGUGGGAUUUUGGAAAAUGUCACUAUUUCCUCCAAUCUUGGCUUGCCAGUUGCUGCUUCAACAGUUGCUAGAAAUCCAGCUAGCUGUGAGAACAGGUAUUCUGAUGUUCAGGCAUCUUACCUAGAAGGCAGAUAUUCAGUUAUGUCUCGAUCGUCUCAUAGUAGUCAGCCUGGCCCAGAACCAGAAGGAAGGUUGGCUAGCUACCAGCAUGAUGGCGAAAAUGACAAGUGUACAGGGACUCACCAUAUGUCAGAGGUCCUCAGGAAGGAAUUAACCUUAGAACAGUCACCUUCACAGCGUGAGACUGGAGAUGGAGAACAAAACAACACUGACACAAAUAUGAAGUUCGUCAGUCAAGGUCUGUCUACUGAUGCGUAUUUACUACCGCAAAUGACGAAUAAAGAGAGCAAGGUUGUUACACCUGAGCCUGGAAAAAAGUUGCCUGAAGAUGACUCUUUAAAUAUAAGCCUUAGCAGUUUUUUAGAAAAUGAGAAAUUGCUGUCUCUUACAAGCUUAGAAGACUCUACCGAUGAAGAUAUUGAUGAUGAAGAGUUUUAUGAUGAUCAUUUGGAAGCUUAUUUUGAACAACUGGCACUCCCAGGAAUGCUAAGAGAAGACUUCGAAGCCCAGGAACUUCCAGAAUCAAAUUCAGCUUUUAAUUUAUCUGAAAACAGUAAAACUCUGGUAGGUGAGAGGACUGGACAGGAUUGUAGAGCUGAAGUAGGUGACAGCUCUGUUGAGCCACCUUCGGGAGUGCAGAUCGUACAUUCUGAAGGAGGCCUCCAACAGACAAUAGAGAAUCAAAUCAUCCAUCUACCUGUGCCUGGUAAUGGCAGUUGUGGUAAAGAUGGUGAGUGUGUAGAUAAUAUUCUGCCACCGUUUUCUGCAAAAACAAUGAUACCCAAUGUUUGGGGAAGUGCAAGAGAAGUAUUAAGAGAAGAAAAUAAAGAUUCAGUUCGUACUUCUACAAAGGUUUUUACCAACGAUUGCGUUCCAAGGCUCAGCAUGGGUGCUUUGGUUGAUGAAAAUGCAUCCAAGACCGUCGAUGCCACUGACCUGAAACUGGACUGUCUCUACCUUCAGGACAUGAAUAGCAGGAAAGGGGAUGUUGAUUUUCCAGAUAGAUUUUUAAAACAGGGAUUGCACUCAGCUCAGAAGACUUUAGCCUUUGCAUCAAGUCCAGAAGACCUCUUGUCCUUACCUGAUGGAUUUUUAGAGACCAGCGAAAUUCCCAAAAUACCUGCGCAAAGAAAUACUGAUAAAACUUUUAUGAAACCCCUCUGUGAUCCUGCAUUUGCUUUACCUGACCCUUACUGGUCUCCAACUGCGGAAAGGAGAGCGUGCGAACCUUGGGAUUAUGCUGAGAAGGGAGCUGACCCACCACACAAUGUGGUCUAUCAAAAUGAAGAAGGGAAAUGGGUGACUGAUCUUGCCUAUUAUACCUCUUUUGAUAAAGAACAGAAUUUAAACCACUCUCUGGCUGAUCAAAUGAAUGAGGACUUCAGGACUGGAUCCGACGCAGUGGCGCUGAUUGCACAGGAUGAAGAAGAAUUUGAGAAAGAGCACAAAUUUAUGCAGGAAGAGAAAAUAGAAACCCAGAAUACGUCAGUUGGUUCAGGGGACACGUCAUGGCGGGCUUCUAUUAACUAUAACCUGCUUAGGGGAUCACUGACGGUAUCGGGUGUUGACACACAUGAUGCCAGUUACUUACGUCUGUCUCUGGGAGAAUUCUUUGGGCAGAGAUCGGAAGCUCUUGGCUGUCUUGGAGGUGGCAUGGAUGUGAAACGGCCGUCCUUUGGUUACUUUAUCACAUCUCCAGAGAAGAGAGAACCUGUGGCUCUAUUAAGACAAUCUGAUGUGUCCGGAGGCAUCUCAGAGCAAGACUGGAAAGAGCAAUCCAAGGAGCAGAUAGAUGAUGGUUCGACGACAUUUAACAUUGGAGAAUUGGAGGCCAUUCCGGAAGAAGACAAAAAUUCGGAUGCUACCGUCACUGCCAGUAAUGGCAGCGCAGAGGAAACCCUUUCCUGCAAAAGCAAACCUGUAGGGAAUGAAGACAAGCUUCCUGUUGGUGGCGAUUCUAUGCUCAGUAUAAACACCAUCGCCACAGCUAUCGCCAAUGCUUCAGUGAGUGCCGACCCUGCCCAAUUAGCCGCUAUGAUAAUGGCACUUUCUAAUAAAAAUAAAGACAAGACUUUUUUUCCUCAGGGUAAUAAGGAAAUGGACCUCUCUAUUGUGAAUCACGUCUUACUUAGCAAUUUAGAGAAAAGCAAUGCAGCUAAUACAUUUGAUAUGGAGAAGUACCUCAAAAAAACAGAGGUUCAUGGAUGUGAAGGGGAUUCUGAAAAUUUUUCGAAAGGUGUGGUAUCUGGCACGUGGGACUUAACUUUGACAACUGCACAAGAACCCCAGGCGGUACAUUUGCUCACUAAGAGUUUAAAUUUCAAGGGACCAGAAGACAGCUCAGAAGAUACUUCCAGAAAAGAACUGAAAGGAAAGAAAGAUAGGCAGGGCUCAUUAAAUGCUUCAAAUUCAAGUAAAAAUAAGCAAGAAAUGUGGGGAAGGGCUCAGUGUUCUGAAAAUUCAUCUGAUUUAAUAACUAGUAAACAUUCAUUACCGAAGCAAGCACAUUUAACAUCUAGUAGAAGUAAUGUGAAAGACUCUUCCAAGGACCUUGCCUCCCCAAAGGAAAAGGCACCAAAAAGCAAGUUUUCCUCAUUAAAAUGGAGCAGUAGCCACACUAAUAGCCCUGAGAAUUCUGUGCUGGAUGAUGGAGCAAGAAACACAGAAAGAACUGAAGUGAGGAAUUCCCAUUAUCCCGAAUUUUUAGACAUUGGUUCAGGUGAAAAGCCUACGGUUACAGAGUUAACCCCAACCAUGACCCCAAAGGCUGGCCCGUAUUCAUUAGAAAGGAAUCAGAAAACCGCUUCUACGUCAGCUCCCGGCGGAGGAAGAGAAAUGCAGGACCAUGGAAAAACCCAGAAGGCCAAUGGGGAUGUUACUGUGUCGUGCAGCAAUGAGAAGCAUGUGACUUUUGAAAAGCAUUUUGUUACUGCCCCUAAAAAUGUUGAUUUGAAAAACACUUCUCCUGAACGUGACCCGCAGUAUUCAGAGGAUGACCAGUGUAGCUUCCGGCCUUCAACUUCACCACUGAUCCACUCUUCUCCCAGCGAAGUUUCUGCAACGACUAUUUCAGGAUCUGAUUCAGAUUCCCCUAGCUGUACAGUUGCUCAUCUUCAUAGGCUUCCUUGUGACGAUCGUGUACUGCCUCCAUCUGUAUGUUUAAGUCCGAGCAUGAGCAGGUUGACUUACAUCUCUGUCUGCGAUCGCACCAUUCCUGCUAGAGCGGACAUUCCUACUGCCGAGAAACGGCAGAGUGAUGCCACGAAUGAAUUGAGCACAACAAUAGUUCGAGCCAGUCCAAUUCCGAUGGAGGACCAAACUGCCGCCAAAUUAAAAGAAAAUCUGUCUCUGCAAAGCAUAGGAAAAGGAACGUCGUUAAGUAAAAGUCCAUCAAAUUUGAACAAGAUUGAAGUGACCGAGCCUGCUGGUUCUGGCAGUGGAAUUGAACAUCAGAUUCCUUCCCCGCAGAGUGGCAAUCUCCUGGAAGUUCACCCACGAAGCCUAACAUUUAACCAUGAGGAAUUGGGGCAAGUUAACCUGGCUCCACCAGGCAAGCCAUGUGUAGUCCAUCAGGCUUUUUCAGCCAGCGUAGAUACUCCCACGUCAUGCCAAGAUUGUGCAAACAAAGCUCAAAGUCAAGGAUUCCCCUCGACAGAUAGGGUAAAUGCCCUUGGCGGAUUAAGCGGCUACAUUCCACUGAGUCAGAAUGCUUCUAGUGACCAGCCUGCUUCACUUCCAAGCUUCAAGUCUCAUGGCUCCGCCUCUGAAAUGAGGACCCUGUCGGCUCCGGUUCCUCCGCUCCUGACCGGGCACUCCCUUUCGACGGCACCCUUCGCCCAGCAGUACUUAGGAACUUUGCCUUCCAGUGGUAAUGUCGCUCUGCCUCAGUAUAUUGGCAGUUCUACCCUUUAUGGUCUUCCAGGAUUUCCUUGUGCUGCCGUUCCAGCCGAACAUAUCCAGAACACUCUUGCGAUGGGAAUUCCUUUAGGGCAGAAUGUCGGAUCUGGACUGUUGGGUGCUCCUCCUCUUUGUAACACUCACUCUAAUUCCUUGAAUCAGAAUCUUUUAAAUGCCGCAAAACCAUAUCCUGGGCAACCUAUUAGAACCUGUGGUAUUGACCAGUGGGAAUCAAGAAUGACACCGGGGUUUGGGCAGGUGCGUGUACCUGAAGAAUUGAAGUUCCCCCAUGCUUGUUGUGUGGGAAUCGCUUCGCAGACCAGUCUUAGUGUUUUUAAUCCAACAGACCGCUGGUUACAAGUCAGUAUUGGAGUACUCAGUGUUACUGUCAACGGUGAAAAGGUGGACCUUUCAACUUAUCAUUGUCUCGUUUUCAAGAAUAAAGCCAUCGUAGGCCCUCAUACUACAGAAGACAUAAAAAUACUUUUUAUCCCAUCCCACCCGGGAAUUUUUCGGUGUGUGUUCAGUGUUUCUUCUUGGCCAGUUUCAGCGGAUCCUGAAACAAUAAUGCAGGCCGAAGCCUUGGCAACGAGGGUAAUUUUAACAUCGGUUGCUGAAAACCCCGUCCUAGAGAUAGAAACAGGAAUGACAGAAGCAGCAAAGACAGAUGUUCUAGAUUUUGGCGAUCUGACAUGUGGAAGCUGGAAAGCUCUCCCAUUAAAGCUGAUCAACAAAACCCACGCCACGGUCCCAAUCAGACUUAUUAUCAAUGCAAAUGCCAUAGCAUGGCGUUGUUUCACAUUUUCCAAGGAACCUGUUAAUGCUUCUUUUGAAACUGCACUUCAGACUGAUCUCAUGGCCCAGCUAGCAGCUCCUUCUGUCAUAAACCAUGUGAUGCACGCAAGUUAUGAUGGACAGGAUCCUGAAGUUCUGGUCAUUUGGGUUAUUUUCCGUGGACCAAAGAAACAGAUUUCUGGAUCAGAGAUUCUGGGUCCAGCGGAAGAAUUCUUUGCCAGAAUUGAUGUGGAAGUUGACAGUCCAAGCCCUACUACUAUCAUCAAAACCGUGGCCCUCCGAGCAAGGAUGGGAAUAGCAAGGAUACACGCUCCCAAAGACUUACAGACAGUACAUUUGUUUGCUGGUGUGGGUUCAUCAACAAAGCAACUCUUGCCUUUGAAAAAUGCCGGGAAUAUUGAAGUUUAUUUGAGUAUCAAGGUUUCAGAUCAAGCCAAGUACUUUUCGGUUGAACCACAGAAUCUUUUUCUGAAACCUGGAGAAGAGCAAGAAGUUGCAAUUUCAUUUGCUCCUAAAGAUUCCAAAGUCUGUGAUGAAAGCAUCUUGAAAAUAUUAGUGCAACCAUCCGGGCCUCAGUAUGAAGUAGUACUCAAAGGUGAAGUAGAUCCCUCAGUGAGCAAACAUCCGACAGCGACUUCCUGCUACUCCAAUGUUCCCCCCAUUUUGUCUAAUAAGCAGUUCGUAGCAUGGGGUGGCGUUACCCUCGGAAGAAUACUUCAACAGAAACUUGCUCUAAGAAAUAACUCUUCAUCUACAACGCAGCAUUUACGUUUGUUGAUAAGAGGUCAGGAUCAGGACUGUUUUCAGCUUCAAAGUACGUUUGGUCCAGAAGAGAGAUUGACAAGUAAUCGUGAAAUCAAAAUUCGUCCUAAAGAAGAUAUUAACAUCUAUUUAACAUUUGCGCCCACUCGUAUAGCUUGUAUGUUGGCCAAACUUGAGAUCAAACAACUAGGGAUUCGGUCACAGCCAGGCAUUAAAUUUACCAUACCUCUGUCUGGGUAUGGAGGAACAAGUAAUCUUAUACUGGAAGAUGUUAAAAAGCUGACAGAUAGCUACAUGGUGACCCUGAAUCAACCAGUACCUGGUAAAGGAAGUAGAGUUGCUUUCUCUGUGAGAAAUACAGGGUCUCGAGCUGCCUACGUUAAGGCAGUAUGUUUUAAGGACACACAGACAAAAACUGUUUUCGAUCCUAAAGUGUUGAGCGUUUUUCCAGAUAAAUUUGUGCUCAAGGAAAGAACUCAAGAGGUUGUUACUCUAUUGUAUAAUCCUACUGAAACAGAAAAAGUCAGCACCACCAGAACAUCAAUGUUAUCUACAGUAUACUUCUUUUGUGGUGAUGAAGUUUCAAGACAACAGUAUCGCAGAGCUCUGAUGCACAAACCAGAUCUGGCAGAACAAAUUCUUCCACAACAUAGUCUCCUGAAGAAUAUUAAAUUUGAUGAGGUAUUUCAAGAUGAACAACUGGUUACUGAAGUGAAUGACCUCCCACCACGGUCUAAUGAUAUCCAGCUCUUUUAUGGAAACAUGCAUAAAAUUACACUUUCUGUGAUUGGAGAUAUUGGUGAUUCCAGUUCUAACAAGGAUUUCAUUCAGCAUUCUCCAAAACACAGUUUGGAGCCUAUCAGUGGACUUGGAAAUUCUGAGCGGCAUAUUGGCAAUGUUUCUCUGGACGUUCUUCCAGUUAAAGGACCUCAAGGUCCUUCCCUCUCUUUACAAACUGCUGAGCCAGUUUCCAAUCAGUUAGAUCCGCCACAGACAUGGACUGUUUUGCCUGAGCACUUGAUUUUGACAGCUCCGUCUACUAGUAGCACAGUAAGAACUGGACAUUUGCAAAUUUCAAACAAUUCUGUUAGAACAUUGAAAUUUGAAUUGUCGUGGCCAGCUCACUGUCUGAUGAUAACCCCACAGCAUGGAAUUAUUGAGCCACAAAGCCAACUAGUAAUUCUUGUGAGUCCUAAUUCAUCACUUGCUACAAAUCCAUCACUAUUCCCAUGGAGUGGUGUGAUCUACAUACAUUGUGACAAUGGGCAGAAGGUUGUGAAAGUACAGAUUCGAGAAGACGUAUCCCAUGAAGUUGCUUCCACUAGCUCAGCGUCUAAGCAAGUGGCUGUCCUUUCGCCGAUACCUGAGACUCCCAUUACUCAUAUGGUUAAACCCAUAACCAAACCACCUUCAACCAAGGUUGAAAUAAAAAACAGAACCAUCACUUUUCCCGAGACAGUAUCUGGUGAAAGCUCAGAGAGUUAUUUGGAGCUGGAAAAUCAUGGCAAUGAAGAUGUUAAAUGGCAUUUGUCAUCUUUUGCUCCACCUUAUGUCAAGGGUGUUGAUGACAGUGGAGAUGUCUACAGAGCGACCUACACAGCUUUCAGAUGUUCCCGUAUUUCUGGUACACUGGAAGCCUACGGAAAACAGAAAGUUGCCAUUACGUUUUUACCUAGAGAUCAAGGAGAUUAUGCUCAGUUUUGGGAUCUCGAAUGUCAUCCAUAUGCAGAACCUUCCAUGAAACACACACUAAGAUUUCAACUUUCUGGAGAAGGCGUCAAAGCAGAAAACGAACCUGCAAAUGCCAGAGUUUCCACAGAUACCCUCGUAAAGACAGAUAAUCUAGUUAAACCCAGAAGGCGAGCCGGAUCUGAGGCAUCUGCUCUCACUACUAGGCAAGCUGAAUUAACUCGGCGAGGAGUUUAUGCUCCAGAAGAUGUUUAUAUGUUUCUCCCAACUAGAGUUGGGGAAUCAAGAACACUGAAAGUCAAUCUGCGGAAUAAUUCUUUCACCACACACUUGCUGAAGUUUUUAAGUCCCAGAGAGCCUUUCUACGUCAAGCAUUCGAAAUACUCUUUGAGACCUCAGCAUUACAUCAAUAUGCCAGUCCAAUUCAAACCCAAAUCAGUGGGCCGAUUCGAAGCUCUCUUAGUCGUACAAACAGACGGCGGCACAAGUCUCGGUAUUCGACUGGUUGGUGAAGCUCUUGAAAAACAGUAGAGAGCGAUGUUAUUGUGUGUAAAGUAAAUUAUUAAGGUGUUAUAUUUGGUAAGCUCCUAACUUUUCUACACUACCGUGUUAUUUGUAAGCCUUCUGUAAAGAUAAAUUAAGCUAUAUGUUUAAUAACAGACUUCUGGUUUAUUGUUCUAAUAUGAAGAUCCUGACUUUGUAUAUUAAACAAUCAUGUUCCUAGCUUUGAUACUGCACAUUUAGUUUUUACAAGGGAUAAAAGUGUUAUAUUUUUGCAUUGGAUUUGAUUUGCCAAAUGAAGAUGUAUUUAUUUUAAAGUGGUAUAUCCAGAAAUAAACUUAAAUUUUCAGAGAACAGGACUUUUGUGUACAGUGUUGUAGAGAAAAGUGUAAAGUAUAAUAGUGCUUUAUAAAAAUAAAAUGGUUUUAAGCUCA